AUAUUUUAUAAAAACACGACGAAAAUGCCGCUUUCAAUCGGAAGCCUUACAAAACAUGUCAACAUGGCGGCUUGCAUGACUGAGAACGGUUCAGAAAGAAAACUUGAAUUCUUUUUAAAGGUCCCUUUCCCAUCCGAGAGAGAGGCAACUAUCGCCCUGCAGUCUCUAUCUCCUGAUCCUGAACCCAGGAAAGGAGGAAUCACUAAAAACCUGGAUUUAUCAGGACAAACGCUGUCUGUGAGAUGGACCGCAGAUGAAGCUCGUAUUCUUCGUGUUUCUGUAAGUUCAUUCUUGGACCAUUUGUGUCUGGUGAUGGAAACUAUGGAUGUAUUUGGACCGCCUGUUUCACAAUGACACUCCGAGAGACAAAUAAAAGCAUAAAGAGGAGAGAUGUCCAAGAGAAUCAUCAUCUGCCAUGUGUUCAAGUAUGGACUGCGAAGACUCAAAAAGCAUAAAGAAUUCGCUUUUGCUCUGUUUGAGAAGUGCAGCACUUCAUAAUGUCUCAAGUCAAUUGUUUUGAGUUGUGUUAAAGGAAUAGUUUACCCAAAAAUUUAACUUGAAACUGAAAAAUUACUCACCUUCAGGCUGUCCAAGAUGUAGACGAGUUUGUUUCUUUUUUGAAACAGAUUUGGAGAAUUUUAGUAUUACAUCACUUGCUCACCAAUGGAUCUGCUGCAGUGAAUGGGUGCCGUCAGAAUGAGAGUCCAAACAGCUGAUAAAAACCAUCACAAUAAUCCACACAACUCCAGUUCAUCAAUUAAGUGUGUUUGUAAUAUUGUUCUCUCCAGUGGAAAAGUGGAAUACGCUCAGAUCAGUUUACAAGCAAAUACAGUCCAAAACAGUUCUAAAGAAAUAUGAGAAUCCUUUGAAUUCUGAUGCAAGAGGACAACAGGGACAGUUAAUUAGAUUAUUGUGAUGUCUUUAUCAGAUGUUUGGACUAUCAUUUUGACGGCACCUAUUAACUGCAGAGGAUCCAUUGGUGAGCAAGUGAUGUAAUGCUACGUUUGUUCUGAUGAUCUUGGGUGGCUUGAGGGUGGGUAAUGUUUGUGUGAACCGUUCCUUUUAAGUUUUUUUGGUGUAACAGAAGCCAAAACACAAGAUCCAGUGUUUUGUCAUUUGAAUAAAGAUUUAUUAAUAGAG